AUGCCACCCCGGAGCAGUCUCAAGAAGCUGUUUGAGCAACGGCGUGCGGCAACCGAGUCGAGAAGAGGCGCUGUUUCGCAAAGCGGCACGAAGCGCACAUGCCCAGAGCCUGCGGCAUCUAUACAAUCGCUGUUGCUGGACGGUAUCGAUAUUCAUUCCGAGUGGAAGAGGCUGCUGCAAGAAGAGUUUGCGCAGCGGCAACAGCGAGACAUUCGGGCGUGUGUCGCCGCUUUGCGGCAGUUGGGCCGGCGAACGACGGAUGGACACCGGUUGUUGCAUCAACUGCGUACAGCACCGACGUCUUCUAGUCCAGCUGCCAAGGCGAUUAUUGAUGAGUUUUUGGCUUGUCGUGCAACGGCAGAGGGAGCGUCUGAAGAAGUCAGAACGGUGGUUGAUCGCUUCGACCACAUAUCGAACGAGAUCAGCUGUCCGCAUGGCUGCGAGGGGCCAACCAGGUACGGAUAUCGCGUCGGUGACUUGAACAAGUAUGCCAUCAUGGAGCGUCAUGACCAACUUACUGCGGUGCUGUCAUAUUGCCCAAAGUGUCAUUUUAUCUUCGAUGCGAACCUGUGA